CUUCAGUUCAAUGGAUAGCUCUUUAGCAGUUUUUAUCGUUUUAGGUUCCAGUAUUAUUGGAUUAGUGUAUUUUUAUUUAGUGUGGAAUUUUAAUUAUUGGAAAAGUCGCAAUGUAAAUGGUCCGAAGCCAACAAUUCUUUUUGGUAAUUUACCAAGUCUUGUGAGAAAACAUCGAAAUUAUAAUUUUGAAGUUUCUGAGAUAUAUGAAAAAUUCAAAAAAACUGGUGAUAGAUUUAUUGGCAUAUUCAUGACAAGAAAUCCAGUCGUUUUACUUUUGGAUCCACUUCUUGCACGAGACAUUUUGACAAAUAAAUUUAAAUCGUUCAGUAACAAUGAACUAUCGUUGUGGGGUAAUAGAAAAACAGAAAAAGUGUCAAUUCAUCAUCCAUUUAUAACCCGCACCGAUGAAGAUUGGAAAGAAAGACGAAAUGAUUUUAUUGCUGGAAUAAGUGAUAGUAAGCUUCAGCAAACUUACCCAAUACUUACCCAAAUAAAUCAUAGAAUGACAAAUUUUAUCAACACUGAAAUUGUUAAAACUGGAGGAAUUAUUGAAAUUGAAUCGCUCUCCUAUAAGUAUGUCGUCGACUUUGUAGCAAAUUUCGUCUAUGGUAUUGAUGCCAAUGUAUUCACAUCUGGAAUUCCAACAAACCCAAUGUACAAUCAUUCGAGGAAUCUUAUGGAUUUGUCUUUCAAACAAAUCGAACAAUUCUAUCUUCUCGGUUUGGUACCGUGUUUGAAAAAAAUCGUCAAAGAUCGAUUUUUUGAUCAAGAUACUGACAAUUAUUUCAUUGAUAUGCAAAAGAUUGCCAUUGAUAUGCGAUUAAAGAACAAAAAUGAUCGUUUUGACUUUUUGAAUUACGUUCUAAAAUUGCAGGAAAAGAAAAAUCUUAGCAACAUGGAUGUUGUGGUUCAUAGUAUGUCAGUUGUUUUGGAUGCUGUUGAUACAACGGCUUUCGUGAUUCUUCAUACCUUGUUUUUGGUAAGAUAUUGA